UAGAAUUGCACAAAGGGAAACACUCAUAUCCUCACAUCUAGAACAUGUUUUAUUUUUAACUCGAGGCCCUUCAGCCAUUGCAGAUUAAGGAUCAGGUACCAGAGCUAGGUGAAAUAAAUCAACGGAUAACUCUUUCAGUUUAAUAAACCAGAAACAAACGUGUGACAUUUCAUUAAAAAAGGACUGACUGAUGUAGAUCUUGCUGGUGGCGGAGGCAGGGAAUCACAUCAGCACUGUAAUGUUACGCCUCGCUAUGAGCUGCAUCUCUGGGGGUUUGAAAGUAAACACAGGAGCCCAAAUGAGGCGGGGGGGAUACAAGCUCGGAGACCUCCCUGUGGAUUAUAUCGACUCUGAGGAGGCUCAUCUGUUUCCUUUUCACUCACAUCUGCACAGUAGGUCUGUUUGAAAUCUGGUCCUCUCUCUUUCUCAGUCAAAUGUAGAUUGGGAGAAGAAAAAUGAGAAUUUGCUGCUUAUUUGCACUCCUAAAGGUAUCCUGAAUGCUUAAGAUCACACAGAUGCACCUCAAUUGGGAAUGGGUGUUUAGGAUUCCAACUCAGUCUUGGUAAAAGAUCAAUAAAUAGCACACAUAUAUCAUGGCUUGUCAUAUGGCAUGCUAAUAUUGUAAAAGAAAAAUGUAGAACCAAUGCAAUGCAGUGAAAUGCAGUGGUUUACGGGCAGCCUAUGUUUGUGGCCCUUAUUGUAGAUUUUUGCUUAUAUUUAUUGCUUUUUUAUUUAUAGACACUAUUUUGGAGGCAGCCAAAUGCACUUGAACUACUUGAAUCCAGCAAACUCCCCUACAGAGACAAUAAAUGUUAGUGUAUUGUAUUAAGGCAUCGUAAAGUACUGUAGCUGUGCUGUCACUGACCUUUGUGGCGUCUUACAUGCUUCCACAUACAGACAUAAACAACAAAGAAGACUGGAGAGAGACAAAGUGCUCCCUCGGUUGUUGCAUGUCUGCCACUUCCAAGAUCUUUACUGCAAGUCUCAUAAUGUGUGGGAGAGUCGAGACUCAUUAUUAGACCCCUGGACUGAGAGUUUGUGGGAAGGGAGAGAUGUUACUUUGCCCUUGGGGGAAUGAAGGUAGACUGUGGACAGCAAUAAGUGGACUAAGAAUAGAAAAGGGCAUUAUUAUGUAUGGUGUGCACACUGUGUCAGGGAAGUCACCUAAUAUAAUUUCACAAGAAGGAAAGCCAAGUGGGUCCGAAUUCCUUCAGGUUGACUUUUUUAUGUUUUAAAACUGUAAAUUGUUUUGAACAGGGGUGGUAAAUUAUGGUUUGGAGGGACUACUGUCAUGAUAUAUAACUGACUGUACUUUUUCCACCAUCACUGUGCAUCUACUCCAAAUGACAAAAUGAUCACUGAAUUAGUCCAAGCUUUAAAAAAAAGUGGUAGAGUAUGACUUGUAUGAUUUAUUUUGCAUGAUUCAAUCCAAAAAUUAUUGAGUCCUUAUCUCAGUGCCUACGUUUACCUGCUGACUCUGACAACAGCAAAUAUAUAGGUGCUACAGAUGAAGAUACCUCGGUUUAACAUCUUAGAUAUAAGUAACAACAACAGCUUGAUUACACAAUGAAGAAAACAAGAAAACUCUUGACUGUUCACCACACAUCUGUAAAGCAUUGCUAUGUACAGUAAUUCUAUUCUACAAUGUUGUUAAAUGCUGGACAGGUGCAUUUAUCAUUAUAAACUAGUUCAAACUGUGGAUGGUUGUUUGCAUUUCCACCAAUCAUGGAUACUAUUGGAGUCCCAUGAUCAUCCUAGUGUUUACCCACCUCCUCUGAAAAUCCACAUGCUGAUUUUUGAGUCUAUAAGAAGGUGCGUCUUGUUUCUACAGAGGGACAAAAUUUCAGUCCUCUCAGGCUCUCUAAAUCUAACAGCUUCAGUACAGGGGGAUUUCUUUAAGUCACCGAGGAAAGGAUUUACAGCACACACCUCUACUGCCUUUGUCCACAGAGGAUUCACUGAGCCACAAAACUGAGUUACUUGAAACGAGAAAAGACAUUUCGCCAGAAAAACGCCAUAUAAUAAUGAACAGGACAAGAUCAGCGAAGGGUCAUAAAGUUCUGCUUUGUGCAGGAGACCCGACACUAUCUGAAAAGUAGACUGUGCUGUAUCCUGAAUACAGGUCUUUUUUUUUCUUGUGAUGGAGAGACUGAAAAUUCAGGUAAAAAAUACCAUGUAACAACCUCUCAUUCAGAGUUUAAACUCAGAGAGCAGAGAUUGGAGUGAAUUUCAUAAACAAUUGAAAGCAAAAGAAAGAAAGAACAGAGUAAAGAGAAAUCGCUGAAACAAGCUGUUUGAGGGAGUUACUGGCCUGCGGGGACUUUUCUCACUCCUAGAAGGUUUUGUUUUUCUGAAAACAAUAUGUCUGUAUUUAUGAAAUACAGACAUCCAUACUAUACUCCGACUCUAUAUCUACAUCUCUCGUCUCUCUGGGGGGGACAGACUGGUGAGCCCCCUCUCCUCCUGACAGUGGGAGGAGCUUAAUGCACUGGGACGCCGCGCGCUGCAGCAGUCCCGUCAUAACCUCCAGUACACCUGUAGUGUCACUUUCAGGAGCACGAGGGGAUUACAAACGAGUCAACCCCGGAGCCAUCAAAUAUGAACGGAGCUGCUUGGGAUCACGGCGACGAUGCGACAUAGGUAAGGAGGCACUUAGGAUAUCUACUAAAACGGUUUUUGAAUGAAGAGGGAUUUUGGACUUCAGCGGGUUUCCAGUUUGGGUUGCUGGUGCUUUUUCCUCUUUUGCCUGCGUGUGCGUAAUGGACACCUUUGAGAGCAGACGCGUGGUGUUCAGGUGCGUCAAUCCAAGAACAAAGGCAAAAUGUUGUCUUUUGGACUCUACCAAAAAGAUUAAAUACUACGAUAAAACCAAAUGUGAAAUGUUUGUUUGCUAAAGACUGAGAUCAACUUUGGAGUAGUGUUCUACAUUUUGGAUAGAAACGUCGCCGAUUAUCAAACGGGGAAAGAGCUUUUCCUGAGACUUAAUCUGCUUUUUUUUUGUCUUUUGUAGGACUAUAUAAGGUCUUUCCUGAAAUUACGAUGCAUCUCACAGCGGUCAUCUUAAUUGUGGUCGUGACAGGAAUCGCAAAAGGUAAUCGGAGAUUAUUUUCAUCUGUCUACUGGGACAAACUAUCAUAGACAAACGAAAAAAAAAAGAUUUGCAUCAGGAGCUUUUUUUUCUGCACUGAUUCCCUCCCUGUGUGUCAAAGAAAGUGCAAAGGAUAAAUAUUUAAUUUCUCUGAAUGUUUUAUUUUAUUUUGGGGAGAUCUGUGAUGCAAACACUCUCUUGUCCCUCUCUUUCUCUGUCUGUCUCAAAGGUUGGGAUUGCAGCGCACGGUGCAGCACAGAAAAUGGGUUCUGUGAAAAGCCAGGGAAGUGCAGGUACUAAAAACGACCUCAGAUUCCUCUGAAGAUCAAGUCCAGUGGGGUUUCUGCAACCUUACUUCCAUAAAUUGCUGGAGCUGUUAAUGCUCCCUCCUCAGAGAAACACAAUUGCAAUGCAGCCAACUGGAUCUGGCUGUUGUGAUUUGUUUGGCAUCCAUGAAUUGUGUGAAGUCAACAGCCAAAUCAGGGCUGUGUUUGAACAGUGGAAAGCAUUGUUAUUCUAACAGAUAGCUCAAAGCUUUCGGUCACAAAGCAUGCUCAGUCUCAAAUGAUUUUCUGGCAGAUGCCUCUCUGUCUGCUCCUGAGCCAAAGUGACUUUAUUCUAUCCCAUUACUGCAAAAUCAAAUGGGACUUUUACUGUGAAAGGAAAAAGCAUGCAUUAAGAGACAAAAGCAGGGCUGCAGAGCUCUGUAGGGGGUAUAUUAAUAGUUCAUGUCUGCCCUAUUUUCUCUCCUCCUUCAGGUGUAAACCAGGCUGGCAAGGAGAGGACUGUGACCAGUGUGUGCCCUUCCCUGGCUGUCUGCAUGGAAAGUGCGAGAGGGCAUGGCAGUGCAUCUGUGAGGAGGGCUGGGUGGGCAGCCUUUGCGACCAAGGUGAGUCUCAUUAAACCUUCCUUAAGCAAACCUUAAACCUCCCCUGCCUGCGUCUUCACAGCAGAGGUAAGGGUGAGUCAUGGAGCCUCAGGGACAGGAUAAAUGAAACCAUGUCUGGUGAAUAUAGUAGGAGUAUAUAUAUAGGAGGUCUGAUAGAGGUAACUUUUGCACUCGUCCUCGGCAUCAUUUUGCACUUAUCCAGCUCGAUGCAAACGACAAAUAAUGUUCAUGUUUUAUACAUUUUUUUUGUUCACCUCUUCAUAAAAUCGCACAAGCUUGUUACCUGUUUAAUUCUUUCACAUGUUUUCUGUAAUACACAAUAAAUAUUGCAACGUUUCUUGAAUAUGCACAUUUACGAGGCAAAAAUUCCAGAUUUUGAUUCUGCUGCAUGUUGGGAAAGAACUGGGUUAAGGAGGACAUCUGAAAAACAGCACCAGAAACUACUCCUUUUGUGCUGCUGAGCGUGGAACCCAAAAAAAAGCUCAAAAAAGCUUAAACUGAGUACAGAAUUUUAAGUGUCAGUGCCAGCUAAAGGUCGUAUUUCAAUUUCAAAGACUGUUUCAUUUAAACAGUUAGUUAAUAACUCUUAUCCUAUUCUACUAUCUACAAUGUGCAUUAUUGCAUAAAAUGACUGACUGCCCCCGAAGCCAGACUUGAAAUAAAGCCAGAAGAUUAAAGAGAGUACGAUUAUUCUGCCUCCGACCUCUUUAUCAGUGCACACAGCACAUCUCUUAUUCUGUUGGAGCAUACGAACAGCUUGUAACAUGACUGGUAGUGCUUCCAUUUCUGUUCUGGGCGACAAGAUUCUGCGGUGCAGAGUGUGAAUCACAGAAACAAAAGGGGGAAAAAAAAAACAGGCAGAGAGACAGAGAAAUGAGAGCACACGGGAUCUAAAAACAGCUUGUUUUUCUUGUGAACCGCAGACACCCGCCUGUGCUCAUCCCGGCCUUGUGCUGGAAAUGCCACCUGCAUAGAGACGGGGGAGGGGGGAUACCUGUGCAUCUGUCCACAAGGCUACACUGGAGAGAGCUGCCAGCUGAGAAGAGGACCCUGCCACAUAAACAGGUAGACACACACUUUAUUUUAGAUUUUCUAUUUAAAAUAAAAGAAUACACUAAAGCUUUUCAGCCUUAUCUGCUAUUGUGAAUAAUUGGAAGUAAUAAUCAAUAAGUGAUUCAAUGUCCGUCAGCUCCCUUUGUGUACAGAGACAAACGAUCGAUCAGCCCACAUUGAGGCUGUGUGCAGACGUGGAGUCCAGUGGAUGAUGUUAGCAAAGAAAAUAGUUCAUGUUUUUUCCCCAUACUGUACAAAAUUCACCUGUUUUGGAGGCGAGGGAGUGUUUGCAGAUUUGUAUUUGCAAGUGAAUACAAGCAUGGCAAAAUGCGGCCACUUUUAUAGGUGUACAGCUCAGUGGUAAAAAGCAAAUUGGAAAAGUGUGCGACAGAAAAAUACACCUGCAAACAGGAACAUCUGAGCAAAGUAACUGAUUAAAUAAUCCGUCUCAAAUUGUAGCCCGUUUGUCAUUUUAGAGCUACUGCAAAACAUGACAACAAAAGCUGUGUUCCUCUGUGCUUACACAGCCAAAUUCAAAUCUGCUUUCAUGUCACACAUGACAACUCUGCUGUAAAACAAAGAAAUUUCUGAGAAGGAAAUCCCAAGCCUCCACCUGCCACAAACACAUCAGCAGCUGUGUUUAUUGUGGCCAUCCCUUGUUGACAAGCUGACACUCGUGUGCAACAGAAACUAGCGGUGCAUACCUUUGCAGUAGCAACAGCAGCACCAGCAUCCCAAAUCAGGGCUAAAUCCCUCUGAAGUCAUCGUUCAAAGUUGAUGCAUCAUUAGAGCUCGACAGGGCUGUCACAUUUCAGAUUCUCAGUGCUGCAUGGGACCAACAAGUCAGCCCACGUUGGCUUUUAUUUGAAGGACGCGCUAAUGAUGUUUACUUUGGAUGUGUCAGCACACUACCCACAAUCCACUGCACCCCACGCCAUAGCUUAAUGACACAUUGGCACAAUUCAGUGUCUCCCAUUUCAUUAAAAAUACCGUGCAUUUUCAGGCAGAGAUAAAUGUGCCAAAUGCGUCAUAAUCAUUGAGCUAGUCGCUGCAGAGUCAUCACAGAUAGAGGAUGGAUAAUGGCAUUUUUAUCCAUUUAACUCCAAACCCUGUAUGAGCAGUUGUUGUUUUUUUGAUGAAUCAAAAAGUCAAAGUGUGUAGUACCGAGUGAGUCAUAUAAUCUGGUGACAUUUAUCACUUUAUGAGCCACAGGGGGACACAUUUCUAGAGAUGUUUGGCUGAACUACUUAAUGAGGAACACCUGAACGCCUCAUUAGCUGCUUCAGUGAGGCUUUCAAGCCUUGUAAAAUACCCAGGAGGAGUCACGUCCAUCAAAAUAUCCAGCAUGGCUAGCAUUGUUAAGGAAUCAUUGAAUGUGGGGAUUACAGACAGUUAUGAUUCUGGAUUUUAAAAAAUGAACAAAUGAGGGGGGAAAAUAUAUAAAUAAAAGAGCAGAUCGCUCCCUCAGGGUGUCUCCCUUAGCCCCAAAGCUGUCCCCAGCAGAUUUACAGACAGGCCUCAUCCGUGGAGAAACCAUCCUCCUGUCUAUCAGACACAUAUCAAACAGCCUCAGGGGAUGCAGCCUGCUGACAUAGCCCCCCCAGACUCUGAACCCCCUGCAUGCUCGCUCUCUGUCAGCCUGCCUUGUUAUUGACUGAAAGACACACCCAGAAUUCAAUAACCAAAGCGGUGUCAGUGAGCUUAUAACUCCCCACUUCCUCUUCAAAAAAUAAUCAUUUAAGUCUUUUGAUAACUUUUAGAAUAAUGCAGAGCCUUUGCUGUCUGCUUGGGGAAUUCAUCUCUAUUAAAGUCUGCAUGAGGUUACAUUAAUCAGCUCCUCCACUAGACACCAGAAGUGUCGGAAAAGUGUGCAAGAGCAAUUACUCUUUUGACUCCUUCAGACAAAAUGUUCAGGACUUGUGUAAUUAUACAAGUCACUAUUCGAGUUAUUGAUUGUCUUUAGGCUUUCAUCAGUGCUUCUUGUUUGUGCACCAUGGAUGCAUUGAUCAGAUUUGCUGCUGAUGUCAGAGCAGAAAUCUUUCUGCGGAGGAGAAGCUUCGACUUCUUUCAUCUUCUGUUCCAGUUAAAGAUUUUUACUCGGUAGAAAAUGAGCUGCUCGCUGUUUUUCAUUAGCGCUUAGCAAAGUGACUAAAAUCAAUGACACAAAAUUAAUAACUUUAUUACCCAAGAGCUGAGAUGAUUAGUUGAUUGAUUAAAAAAAGUUAAUAAGCAAGAGCAAAUGGAUUGAAUCGAUUACACAAGUCCUUCUUCAAGCAAAAUUGCCCCAGUGUCUCAAGUCUGGACCAGUUAGAUGUAGACUUGAAUAUCUGGGGAGUUAUUUGAUAUAGUGGAAAUAAAACAAACAAUAAAAUGACACCACAUGUAGUUAAAGUGGCUGUUUUUAAAUUAAUUAAUUAAUUAAUUAAUAAAAAAAACUUUUUUUCAGACAUUUAAUUGACCAGAAAAGCAAUGAAAUUAUCAAAUGCUCCAGUAAUGAAAGUCACCUUCGUUCCUGCUAGGUUUUUAGAGCUUCUUUUCAUUACAUAUCAAAAAGCAAACAAAAAAUAAGUUGGUGAAGUCAUUAAAAACAGCAUAAUUUACAGUGCAGCACUGUAAAGUGAGUGUAUGACUUUGAUUUCUCGCCGACAUCCAUUGAUUUCCCAUCAAUGCGACCACAUUUACACUUUUCAGGAGUUCCAGUUUGGUCACACAGGUCUUUAAUGCACAUUACAGAUGUUAAAAUGGACUCUAACUGUAACAAUAUGCCAACCUGAGGACAAGUCCUACUCAAUGUUGACUGACCCGCAGUCAUUUGCCACCUGUUGAGCAAGCACUGUAGUAAACGUCAUGGAUUCACUUUUAUCCCAAGGUUCUUGAUGAUUUGUGUGCUUCAAAAAAAGGGGUCCUGUCAGCUAGCCCUAAUAAAUUCAAUGAAAAAUGGGCCCAGAACACUACCCUGGGGUACUCAGUGCAUUAUGGACAUCAAUUUAACUGGGAAACAUCUUUGAAAAUGACUGAUGCUUGGAUCACUCGACAGUUGGCGUCCAACCACAGGAUUAAAUAUACUGCCGUAAAGCUGUGUGCCAGUUUUCCUGCUGCAUCCUCACUUUGUGUUUCUCUGUCCUCUAGCUCUCCUUGUCACAACGGAGGCACAUGUACCGAUGCUGAUGGCUCAGCAGGUUUCUCCUCCUGCUUAUGUCCCCCUGGAUUUUCUGGGGACUUUUGUGAGAUCAGCAUUGACAGCUGCCAGCCUAACCCCUGCCUCAACGGUGGUAACUGUACAAACCACGGCCUGGCCUUUACCUGCGACUGUCCACGCGGCUUCAGCGGCUUCACUUGUAAUGAUACCAGCAGCCUCUCGCCGUGCGCUGGCAGGCCCUGUGCCAACAAGGGCACGUGUGUUGGUCAACCAGAUGGAACCUUUCGGUGCGUUUGCCAGAAAUGGUUUUCAGGUCCCACUUGUUCUGUACAGCACAGACCGAAAGCAAAGCCCAAGGCGGUUAGUGCUCGGCCUGUGGACCACAGAGUGUUUGCUCUGACUCCGCAGCAUUACUCUCUCCCUGCUCACACCUUUCACAAGCUUCUCCGACCUCCAGAGAGAGACCUGCUCAAGAUCACCCUGAAGGAAACUGUGCACUCCCCGGGCUUCCUUGUCACCCAUGGUCAGCUGGUCUGCUUUGGUAUGCUGGCCGUGCUCACCUGUCUGGUUAUACUGGGAACUACAGGCAUUGUGUUUUUUGGUCGCUGUGAGACAUGGAUGGCUAACGCCAAGUACAGCCAGCUUGUUCGUCAGCAAAGGGAACACCUGCUGAGAGAAGCUGGAACCAUGAGCCAGGAGGAGCCAGAGCACUCAGUAAAUAUCAUCCUGCCAGAGAAGAUUAGACUAACAAGCUUUGGGAGACACUACACCUCAAUAUGAUUAAAUGUCCCCCCACAUGGAAGGAGUUUAAUGUGAGGAGAAAUGCCUGAAAAGAGCACGAGGGGAAUACUAUGACUGUUGUACAGCGGUGUUAAUAAAGUGUUGCAUACUGAACUUUACUGGAGCGUAUUUGAAUGUAGUCUACUGGACUUAGUAGACAACUCUGACGCUGGAUUGUAGAUGGUCUUUUCUUCAUGGAAACUGCUCAAAUGUACAAAAUGAGAAAAUAUGAUCCAACAAAAAGCACCUAAACAACUGGUUUAAUUAUAUCAUCGUGUUACAAUUAUAUACAUUCUCACAGUCAACCUCUUGGUUCAGGUUGAUUGUGCUUAACUAAGAAGAGAUAUGAGGCCGAGUUACACUGAAACAAAACCACAUCUUGCCAUCAGUUUUAAUGACGGUUUCAUAAUAAAUCAACUGGCAUUUUAUUUCAUUAUCUGACCCAUGUAAAGCCUCUCCGAAUAUGAAGAUUUAAUGCUUCUUUGUCUUUUGUGGAACUUUGACUAGAACCAUGAGACAUGUUUAACCCUCCUCCUGUGUAGGGCCCCGGUUUUGAUUUUAAAUGCUUAAAGGAACCACAUUAUUUUUUUUGCAUCAAGACUUUUUGACUUUGUCAGGAACCUCUAUUUCAACAAAAUAAAAAUAAAAAGUUAAAUUGACUAAAUUAUAAAAUGCUCUUAUUAAAAUUAUGGCACUUGUGGUGUUAGGGUUGCUGUUGACCCGGUUAGAUUAAUAUCUAAUAAUCAGAGCAAAAACUGAAAUCAUAUGUGCACUGGCAGGCACCACACUGACAGUCAGAUCCUCUUCCAAUCAUGUGAGAUUUAGGAAAUUCUCAUUUUUCCAUGUUUUUUCCCUGCACAAAAAACUACAUCGGGCAUGUCCACACGUGAGAUCAAUUCAGUAUAGAUGUCUGCAUGAGGGGUAUACUGACAAAGAAAGGCCCAGAAGCCCACUACAAAAAAUACUAUAAUCAAUAUUUUCAUGCAUAAUGAAGCCACACAAGGUAACCUAAAGAUGAGAACCAAAUUGGGUGAUAGAGAAAUGUUUUUAGUGUAAUUUACAGCUGAUUUAAGACAUGGGUCAAAACCGACCCAUAACAUGGUGGGUGCGUAGUAAAGGUUAACACAGGAGGAAGGUUAAAUAGCUGAUGUACUCUCACUACCUUUACUUUUACAUUUUAAGACCAAACUAUUACCAACUGAUUAUAAAAUUAGUGAACAAAUAAUCAUUAGUUACAACCCUGACCGUCUUCAUUGUGGUUUCGCCUUUUUGUAAUGAUGCAAAAAUACUUAUUGUGAGUUUGUACAUAUAAGUAUGUGCAGUUAAAGAGUGGAUUUAUUCGUUUCCACAUUCUGCAAACACAGCUGUACCUUCAAAUCCUGCAGGUCAUGUCUAUAUAAAAGGUGUGACUUUACAGUUUUGUGCACGGAGGUGGUUUCAUUUCCUGAAUGCCACUCAGUCGUCUCCUGCAGAUGUAUUAGUAUUAAGUUGUUGGUGUUAAAGCUAUAUACUCAGACGUAUACUCUGUUUAUAGGCAUCGUUGGCUGUUUUCGGCUCCCUGAAGAAAUGCCACUCUCUGUUUUGCUUUUUGUCUUUUUGUUUGAGUGCCAUAAACAUCUUUAAUACUUAAACCCAGUGAUCUGUCCAAAAUUCAUCUGCAGCUUCUUUGAGGUUUCUCUAAGGUGACUGUGUCCUCUGUUGGUGUCAUAAUCUACAUCUAACAGGUUAGACUCUGAGCUCACACAAAUCAAUACUGUUAGAGCUUAUUGACUUCUCUCAUCAUGCAUGAGAUUACAACCCUCUCUUGAUCAAAGGGAAAAUUAUUGGGUUCAGGUAGAUACUCUUAAUUUGCUGUUUUUUGCAGUUUUCUGUCGUGAUUUUCUUCUGCUUAAAGUUUUAGGUGUCUCGUCAUUUUUGCGAAAGCUACAUUUUAUAAUUGUAGAGGUGGCAGUUCUGCAGGGACAGUGACUGUGACUGUACAGUGCUUAUUAGUAUUCGUUCCAGCCUGGGAUUAGUUAUUGUUGUACCAGAUAAUGUUUUGUUGUCGGUUUGUUACUUUCAAUAAAAUAUUUGAAGUCA